GCAAGGACACAAGCUGUCAGUCUGCGGUACACUGUGUUGUUUAUGGCCACAUGCGUCCCUCAGAGAGACACAGAGAACUUCAGCAACUGAAAUUAACCCUCCAGUACAGGACAUCUGCCCUUUUUUAAUCAAGACAAUGACAUCUCACCAGUUCUGAUAUGCAAGUCUGCAGAUUGAACUGCACGGCUGCAUCUGCGGGAUUUGUUGCAGUCAAAUGUAACAUGUUGACAUCUCUGAAUGGUUGGCAGCUCAUCUCCAAACCAAAACUUGCUUUCCUGUUUGAGAGUGCUUCUGUUUUUCCAAAGUAAACUGAAUUCAACCAAACAACAUGGAAUGAAGCACUAAUGUUAUAUCAAAAGGACUUGAUCUGCAUUUGGGAGAGCAGGACCAUUUGAAUGCCUCACUGAGGCAUCCAAACUGUCAAGCCUGCCGCGUCCAGGUUGAUGUUUCUCUGUGGUGGAAUUGAGGGAGAGCUGCAGCCUUGGAUCCACAGUGGAACCACAAUCCACCUGGGCACCCAGCCUAUGGGUCGGAGAUGCUCCAUGCCAGCAACUACUCCCUUGUGUUGUUGAUUCAGCUCAGUCUGCUCUCUUUUGACCUGUUUGUCAACUCCUUCAGUGAACUGCUAAGGACAGAACCUGCAGUCCAGUUGGUGCUUUUCAUCAUGCAGGACAUUUGCAUCUUAUUUAACCUGAUCAUCAUUCUGCUGAUGUUAUUCAACACCUACGUGUUCCAGGUUGGCCUGGUUGCCAUACUGCUGGAGCGAUUUAGAGCCCUGAUAAUGCUCUCCACUCUCUACCUGACCUUCAGUAUCAUACUCCAUUCCUGGCUUAUGAAUCUGCGCUGGCUAAACACAAACCGAUUUAUCUGGACAGAUGGUCUUCAGGUGCUGUUUGUGUUUCAAAGAUCUGCUUCUGUGUUGUACUACUACUUCUACAAGCGGACCGCAGAGUAUCUGGGGGACCCUCGUCUGUAUGAGGAUUCACCAUGGCUGAGAGAAGUGUUUGUUCGGUCCAGGCAGUGAUCUGCAGAGGAAUCUACAGAAUGAUACUAAAAGCCAUAGCUCUAGUGGCACAGUAAAGAAAUUACCCAUGAAUGAUGCUGAAAAGUUGUAAUCUCAACAAACUCUGACUGUUUUAAUUCACCUUUUUUUUAGGUUGAGGAAAAGAUUAUUUGGCAUCUUUUUAGAAUUUAGGAAAUAACUAAUUCACAAACUGGAAGAAAACACAAAUGAAAGCCUGAAAUGUAUUUAUUGAAACAUGAGAAAAUGUUCAACAUGACAGCCCAAAAAUAUAAUCCAUUUGACAUCUUCUUUCUCUGGAGAAUUGUGCCAAAUUUUAAGGUAUUUCAGGGAUGUAUUGAAAUUGUAAAAUUACUCACUAAACAGUGUAGAAAUAUCUUGUAAAACUUAUCAUAUUCAGUAUGUUAUAUGCUACUUACACAAUAGCUUUGUGUCAGAACAUAUCACAACAUAACUUUAAAUGCUAUCCUAAUGUUUAUGACCAUGUAUAAUCACAUAUUGCAUUGUAAUUUUCACAUUUCUUUUAUACAUGUUUGCAGAAUUACAGAAUCUCAGAUGUACAAACCAGAUAACUGAUUUUUGCAAAAAUAAAUUUCAUUAAACAAUGCUACUUUUUAUUUUCUGAAACUAAAUUUUUUUUGUUGCAGUCCUUUGAAAAAACUAAAUAGUUUUAUAUGUAUUUAAGACUAUUUGUGCUGCUCUGAGUUGAAUUUUUAUGGCUUGAUCAGCCCCCUUUUUGACACAUUCAUUUGUUUUAUUUCAAGAUGCAAUAAAAAUGCAAUAAAAUUUCAUCUGAAAUAUAUGUCUAA